AUGAUCCCCAGCACUGUCUUAAGCGCCUGGGCCGCGCUGCUUGCUGUGACAACCGCUUCUCCCAUCGAAAAAGAUGCCAGGAAUACCCUCCUGCGGCGUAAAACGCCCGCCAAGAUGAACGUUUGUGCCCCCGAAGGAGACAAAAAGUGGCAGCCUGGUAAGCCUUCCCCGAGUACCGUUAUCCCUGAGCAGUGUCAACAACGACAAGGGAAGAAACCCGAGCUGGCUGACACAAAACAAACAGCAAUGGAUUUCGACAUGGACAGCUGCUACAACACGCCCGCCGGCGGCUGCCGCGACGGGCCGGACCUCGGGAGCAGCAACGUGUACUCGCGCGCGCGCUGCAACAACGGCUGGUGCGCGUACAUGUACGGCUACUACUUCGAGAAGGACCAGAUGACCGUCUGCCUCGGGCACAUGCACGACUGGGAGCACGUCGUCGUCUUCGUCGAGGGCGGCGCGCCGAGGUAUGUGUCCGUGUCGGCGCAUGGGCGGUACACGAUGAGGCCGUGGGGAGACGUCCUCGUCGAGGGCACGCAUGUCAAGGUCGUCUAUCACAAGGACGGGCCGGGGACGCACGCUUUCCGGUUCGCCAAGGCGGAGGACGAUGCGAGGCAGGAGAAUCAUCUGGGGAAGUGGUUUGUAUGUGAUCCCCCCCGGAGCUCUGUGGUAGUAUCACGGAGACAUCUCGAUUGUAGAAUACAGCUGCUGACAGCUUGGCAGUACGGAGACCUCAUCGGCUGGAACGGCUUCCCUUCUGCUGCCGUCCGAGAAAAGAUGACGGGCAAGUCUUGGGGAAAGGCCAAGAUCGACUUCACGGACGAGCGGUUCGGAGACACACUGAAGAGCGCCAUCCAGGCCCAGGGCAGCACGCCAUACAUUGUCAACAUGGACGCGGAUGUUGACGACGGAUCUCCCGGUAUGCCUGCCUAUUGCCCGAAUCACUUCUGGCGGGUAGAAUGA